GGCACUACGACGCGCCUACGCCGUAGCAGACGCGCUCGCAUCUGUCCCCCCUACCCACAUCAUCGGACAAUAGAACCGGCGACGAUUCGUGGCGUUUUGUUAUUUUUUUGUUAGAUGUGAAUAAAAGCGACUCUUUGUGAUAUUCACUCGUAAAAAGCGGAGACAGUAUGCUGAAGGGACACCCUUUGUCCUCAAAAGAGACGGUUACUAAGGCAGCACUAUGUAAUUUUUGAACAUUAAUUUGUUGAAAUGAUAGCUUACAAAUUGGGACAGUUUAGUCGUGUUGCGGUAGAUUGAGUGGGAUGUAAGGCAGCCGCAACGGGAUUCAAUGUUGUGUAUUAAUAAAUAAGCGCGAGGAAGCCUAUUUUGGCGUAUUAUUGUAAUUCAUGUGACGCUAGUGUUGGUGUAACGUAAUUAAAAUAUCAGACAAUUGUUCGCUGCUUGCUGGAAUGGAGUUUGUAUUUCUGCUACCACAUAUACAAAUAUAAGAUUCAAACGCAGUGCAGUGAAAUCACGAACAAAAUGUUGUGACAAACACGCGAAUCGAACGGUGACUUAAAAAUGUGUCACCCGAAGAAUUCCCUAGAUGUGACUAGUAGAACAUUUCUGUUCAUAAUAGUGUUACUGUCUCUAAAACUCUGUAGUCCCCAGGACUUGAACGAGGAGUUUGUUAACGAGGAUAGUAUAGAGACUUCUGAUAUUAGUAUAGUGCCAGUGAAAAAAGUGAAGUUUGCUAGAAAUGUUGGUGAAGUGACGCCAUGUCGUAUGAGCGAGCUGCUGUGCGAUACUGGUCAGUGUAUCUCACUGGACAAGUACUGUAAUGGAGAAGACGACUGUGGUGACAAAAGUGAUGAGCCAAAGGCCUGCACACCAUGCAACAGGACGUACAUGGGAGACGUGGGACGCACAUACGAAUUAGAGGUCCGGAGGCCUCGAGAGGAUCACCUCCCUUUCGUCUGCCACCUCAACUUCACCGCUAUGGGCGGGAACUAUGGCGACAUUAUACAGCUAACCUUCGACACGUUCACGGUUGGGAAGUUUGUGUCAUUCACGUCGGAUGGAUGUCCUGAUGGGCACAUGACUAUAGUGGAGCGAGCUCCCUCCCCACCAACGGGACAAUGGUGUGGAUCUGCAUGGGGUUACACCGUCUAUUUCUCUGAGUCAGAUUCUAUUAAUAUGACCUUGAGAUUGGACCGGUUAAGUCAGCAGGGAGUGGGCUACAAUUUCGACUUCAAGUUGGCUUACAAGUUUUUGAGGCGUAGUGAAGCGAGAUUACGAUACGGUAAUGCUACUGUUGGCGCGUGGAGAGGCGAAAGGGUACCUGGGACCUACUGCGACAGAAUACUGAGUGACUGCGACCUUAGAGCCUGUCGCAUACAAUCCCCCAACUUCCCCGGCGUUUAUCCCCGGAACGCAACUUGUACAUACCGCAUUGAACAUACUAAGAUACCGGCAGAUAAACAUGUUUUACUAGCAGUAAGACAGACGAAUAGUCACAAAAUACAUAUCAAAGACCAAAUAGUGAAGUACGAUAGAAGUCAGCGCGUAUUAAAGAUUUGGGACCAAUGCAAUGUCGUGCAAGAUUACCUCACAGUUUGGGACGGCCCCACUCGCGAUUCACCGGUGCUAGUCCGUCUUUGUGGAGGAGAUGCGGUACCAGAUAUUGUCAGUAGAGGUCCCAAUAUGUUACUGGAGUUUCAUACAUCGCCCUACGAUAAUCCGUUUCACCCAGUUCCAUUGAGCUAUCUACCGGGAUUCGAGCUUGAAGUACAGGUACUCUAUGUGGAGAAAGACUCCCAUUCAUACGUGCGUUCAGAUGGCCGUUGCCGUUUUGUGCUCCGCUCUUCGGAUAAAACCAGUGGAGUACUGAGGAACCCGAGGCAUUCACUACCACCGAACACAUCUUGUGUCUACUAUUUCCAGGGUCGGGCCAACGAGAUAGUUUGGGUGUCGUUUGUGAAGUACCACUCUGCUGGAACGGAGCCCGCUGGCUUUGAUCAACAGAAGGACUGCUCCUCACAACUGACUAUAUGGGAUGGAGCCGCCCCUGAUGCCGAUUUGGAUCGAAAGUUGGAUAUGAGUGACAAAAAGUCUCGUCUGGGGUUGUUUUGUCGUGAAGAGUCGCCUCGGCUGUGUGAUCACGCUCUACUCUCGAAUGCAACUAGGGCAACACGACCGUGUGCCCCCUCCGAGAGCUACAUCACCACUGGGAAUGCCCUCACUAUACUGCAAGAACUCCGCCAAGGUUCAGCACUCUACCCGGUCUCAUUCGUCCUUCGCUACGAAUUUGUCGACGUUAGUGAGCAAGGCCAACCAUUGGUAGACUCACAAUCAGCUUGCGACCGUGUCUUCAAAUCUGCGCAAACUUACUCCGGAAGAUUUCAAGCUCCCCGAGCAAUAUUUUAUUACGGAAGAGGUGGCGCACAGAACCUCACUUGCAUUUUAAGAUUCGAAGCGAAACAAGGAGAAAGAAUACAGUUAACCUUCACAAGCACUUACUUCGGAAAUAAAUAUUGUAAUACGCACAAAGACUCACGGACGAGUCGUUGGAAAUGUGAUAGGCCUGCGAAAAGAACCAUUGGGGGCGAAGGUCUCGCCCAAAUUAUUAUAACAGAAUAUCCUUGGGAAGGAGUACCGAUACAAAGAGACUGCAUUUGUACUAAUAGAUCUGAACCAUUAAAUGUUCAUACAUUAACCGCCCCCGUCGUAGAGAUCAACUUUACUGUAACUAUGAUGAAUAUUACUGAAGAUUAUGAUGAUUUUGCUUUUGAAGGCGAAUACAAAUUCGUUCCUACUGGGCCGGGGGACGAGACUGUGUGUUCUACGGGAUGGGGUAAAAGACGACUUAGAGGCAGCAGUGGAGAAAUCCGACUGUAUGAUAAAAGACAAGUACCUGUUGCACCAGAAAUAGUUGGUGAUAGACAUGUGAUAUCGGAAAGUGUACGAGCCGAAGUAGCUUGUGUGCAUAGACCCUGGCUGAUAGAACCUGGAGGUGAUGAAGUCACACCUGUCCAAGGAAGAUAUUUGUACGUCAAAGUUCCUGGUUAUGAAGUCACGCCAUCUUCGCCUUUCUGUACAACACCAAAUCGUUUGUAUAUUUACGAAGCUCAUGAUACGUCAAAAUUAAGAGAAGUGUGUCCAGAUGGCACGAGUUCCAUAGAACUCUACUCCCCAGGAUGGAAAUCUUCCCAGACAACUUUGGAAACGUCUUUGAAACCCCAUGCCCGGAGCUAUGUGAUAGACUUCCUACAACACGAACAAGCUGACUAUUCAAUCAAAUGGAUUGAACUCAUGAAGAAACCGUCUUUUGACCAUGAUUCGGACUCCAAUACAAUUCCUCCACCAGUGUCAUUAGAAUGUCGAUACAGCUGCCCGGAGCUGAACGCCUGUAUUCCUAUCGCACUAUGGUGUGAUGGCAGCGCUCACUGUCCUUCAGGUUACGAUGAAGACGAUUCCAAUUGCUCCUUCAGGAUAUCCCUGCCUCCACCGUACGUAGCCGCGGCUGCCGGUAUUGGUCUUCUAUUAUGUGCAAUCACUGUAGCUCUUUGCGCUUGUAAAAGACGACGAAGAAAAGACAAAGAGUUCAAAGCAAGACUAGAUGGUGCAUUACCCCCUGAAGAAAGACCGUUUGAUCGAGCUAAAACGAACGGUGUUCCUGAAGCAGCUCGCCAAUACGCUACCGUGCAAAAGUAUGCGACGAUAGAUAAGUACAGCUUAAGUCAGAAAUACAGUGCAGGGUUGAACGACGCUCGUUACUACGACGAGGUAGCACAAAGGGAUAAGCUCGCGGAUACAAGGUACGCUAGUUUAGGUCGGGCUGGAAGAGGCAUGCGAGUCGAGAACUCAAGAGGCAACGGGUCAAGAAGAGCGAUGCCUGAUUUGGGUUACCCGGACUUAAAAGACGGUUUUUGUUGACCCACACCGGAUCUCAUAGAAACAACAGUAUAGCCUUUAGGACAUUUAAAUAUUUACAGAUUUCCUUUUGUGUAAACAUUAGAUUGAAGACUGAAUUUGGCGAAAGUGCCUCCCCUAACAUUUGAUCAAUAGAUAUUCAGAUUCGAAAUUGUAAUACAGACAUCGGCUUCUAUUGUUAAGUAAUUUGUUUUAUACCGAGACAAAGACUAUGACUUUGACUUUGUAGAAUAUUGUGUAAAUAAAUUAACUUAUAAAUAAGUUUGAAUAGCAGGCGUCAGACAGUUUGUAUUCUUUGCAUCAAAAAUCUCACAGUACUUUUAUAUUCUCAUCAAAUAACAUAUCUAAAUGUACAUAAAACGCUUGACAAUACGAUUUUAAGAUACAAAAUAAAUAAAAUCAUUUUAAAAUGUUAGUAGUAUGAGUGGUUAGUGACUGAUUCUAAACAAAUGAAUUGUCGGAUUUAAGUGUAAACUGAAUUAUGUUAACAAUUUAAUUUAAAAGGAAUAUUUUCCUGUUACAAUUCUACUUGAAUAUAAUGUGAAAUUUAUACUAAUCUUCGAAAUAAGAAGGUUAUUUUGAAAUAAAAAAUAUAAUUUCUGUGUCUCAUAAUUGAAUUUCAUCCAGACUACAUUGUAAUGACACUAGACAUAAAAAUGAAAAUGUGAUAUAGAUUGUAAAAAUGUAGGUAUCUAAGCGUUCACAGAAUGUAUAACUUACUAGUCAUUUUCCUUUGUGUAUAAAUAUUAAUUAAGGUUGUAACUAAACUAUAGUUAUCGAUUGUAAAUAAAUUAUAGAUUAAGAUUUUUAAAGUCU